CUUCAGGAUCAAAAGACACUGAUAUAAUUAUUUGGGAUGUUGUCGGUGAAGUGGGUCUCUUUCGAAUGAGAGGUCAUAAAGAUCAAAUUACGGCAAUUCGAUUUCUCUGUAAACCAUUAUCGGGUGGUGUUAUCUCUGAUAACACAACUCAAGAUUACCUUCUUUCAUCUUCAAAAGAUACACUUCUCAAAUUGUGGGAUUUAAGUACUCAACAUUGCAUGGAGACUGUAGUUGCUCAUCGUAGUGAAAUAUGGGAUUUUGAUGUAUCAAAAGAUGAAACUUUAAUUGUGACUGGAAGUUCUGAUCCAGAAAUAAAAUUAUGGACAAUUGAUCACGAUGUAUUAGCUCAAGGACUUGAAUCUGAAAGUACUUUAAAAGAUGAAAGUACUGAGAUAAAAAAAGUAAUCAAUCUCUAUGGGAAUAUAAAAAAAGAAUGCAAAGAACGUGUUAUUACACUCAAAUUUCACCCAACUGCCAAUAUAUUAGGUGCCCAAGGUCCUGAGAAAUAUGUAGAAAUUUAUCGUAUUUACUCGUACGAAGAGAUAAAAAAGAAAUUGAUCCGUCGUAAAAAACGGCAGAAGGAGAAGAAGCAAAAGGCUGAUGAUUCUAAUAUGGAUAUUGAUAGUGACUUGGUGGAAAUUAGUGCUAGUGACAUGAUAACUCCAUAUCGAAUGGUUCGAACUGCUUCAAAAAUACGGUCUUUCGAUUUUUCCGCCAAAGAUGAUAUUACCAAAUCCGGCUCGAUAGAGAUUCUUGUGUCUUUGACAAACAAUACACUCGAACUUUACACAAUGGGUCUUCCCAUGAAGAAAAAAGAAAAAUUUCUAGAAACUGCUGAGCCAUCAAAGCUAUAUUCUGUUGACCUUCCUGGCCAUCGUAGUGAUAUCAGAACUUUAGCGUUAAGCUCAGACAAUGAAUUAUUAUGUUCCGCAUCAAGAAGCAAUCUUAAGAUUUGGAAUAUGAGAACUACUUCAU